GGGACCUCUUCAGCUGGAGCGCUGCGCAGUACGCGAAGUAGGGGAAAUAGCGCGUAUGGUGGCUUAGCACGACGUCGUUCAAACAGCGCCGCAAAUGUUGAGAAUGACGUAAAAAUGCGGAGAAACGACGAGAGGGAGCUUCACCUUCAGGCUGCGCGACUCCGUGCAGCAAACCUUGGUGCCUACAACUACCGCGCUGAAAACGACGAGCACCAGCAUCGCCUAGGUCCUGGGACGAGCGGAAGCGCAGAUGGAAAUGAUCCUAGACACUUCGAGCGACGGUCACGAUCAGCAAGUACAGUGUCGCAUUGCAGCUCAGAGGCGGCGACAGUCUAUAUUGAAGACUACGACGAUCUCCUUGACGAAGAUUUUGGCGAAGAGGCAGGUCAUGACAAUCAACAGCGCCAUGGUGUCGAUGUCGCCACAAGCGAGAAGCAGAAGAGCUCAUCCGAAAACCGAAAUGAAACCCAAAUUGUCCGUGAAAGUGGAGGUUCAGUGUUGUUGAAAGAAAAAAAUGCAAUGAUAAAGCAGGACGAGGAGCCUCCACCUGGCAUUGCAGUUGUUCCCGUUGAUUACGAUGUUGAACUAGCACUUGGUAACCCCAGUUUUCUUGGAGAGAAAGUUUCAGAUGACCAAGGGCAUGAAGACGGCCAGGACUGCAGGAGUCUAGAAGACGCCAAAUACGGAAAUUCAAAAAUACAAGCUGCAAGUGAAGAGCAUCAAAAGCCGCUGCUCAGCGACAAUGUUCUGGAUGUUGUGAUUCAUGCUGAGACGAAGCAUCUAGACCCACAGAAAGAGCGGCCGUCUUCUCUUACUGAAAAGCGGAAGUCUUCAACAUUUUCGUCUUCUCGUAAUCGUGC